AUGUAUCCUAGAAAACAACAAUCGGGAUUUGGAAAACGAGCUAAAAAGAGAAAAAUUGAAGAGUUGAUAGAGUCUCAAAAAGGUGCUAUUGAUAGAUUUAUUGUUAAAGAAACUAAAAAUGUGGACCAAAUACUUGAAGUUGAUAAAAAUGAAGAUGUUGAGGAAUUGAGACAAAAUGAACAUGAUAUGCUUGACAAUCAAAAUGAUACUAGUGAAGAUGUUGAUGAUAAAUAUGUUAAAGAAAAUGAUACUCAUGAAGAUGUAGAUGGUUUAAUUCAUAAUAGGUCCAUUCCCUUCAACAUCUAUGAUCCAAGAACUUGGGAUAAUCUUGAUAUAAAAUAUAGAGAUUUGCUAGUGGCAAAUGGUCCGACAAGAGACCUGUCACUAGAAAAGGGUCCAAAAGAUAAUUUGUCUAGAUGUUUCUCCGCAAGCCAUUACACUCGUUAUUUAUCAAGUGCUAAAAAUUGUUUGGCUUUUCGUGGAACCAAUGAGAGACCUCUUGAGGAUAGUAACGGGAAUUUCUUAGGAUUAAUUGAAAUGAUUACAAAGUGGGAUCCUAUCAUGAAGGAACAUAUGCGGCGUAUUGAAAGUAAUGAAAUUCAGUAUCAUUAUCUUUCACAUAAAAUUCAAAAUGAGUUGGUAGUUUCGUUGGCUUCUAAAAUCAAAAGCACAAUUAUUAAGAAAAUCAAAGAAGCAAAAUACUUUUCUGUGAUACUUGAUUGUACUCCGGAUACAAGUCACCAAGAACAAAUGUCCUUGAUCUUAAGAUGUGAAGACUUGUCUAGAAAUCCAAUUAAAAUACAUGAAUAUUUUGUUGAAUUUUUAAAAGUGGACAAUACAACAGGUCAAGGACUUUUUGAAGAAUUACAAAAUACUCUAAUAACUCUUAAUCUUGACAUUAAUGAUGUAAGAGGACAAGGAUAUGAUAAUGGAUGUAACAUGAAAGCAUUGUGUGAUAUGGCAAACUCUUGUGUUAAAGCAAAAGAUUUUUUUGGUGCUGUACAAGGUAUUUAUAAUCUGUUUUCUAAUUCUACAAAGAGAUGGAAAAUAUUGAAAGACAAUGUUAAAACUAAUGUCAAGCCACUAUCAGCUACACGAUGGGAAAGUCAUGUUGAAGCUAUUAAAGCAAUUAGAUUCCAAGCUCCUGAAUUAAGAGAAGCUUUACUUGAAGUCGCUGAAAUUGAAAAUGACAAUGAUUUAAGGUGUCGGGCUAAAGCUUUGGCAACCCUUUAUGUUGGAAAUUUUGAGUUUUUAGUAGCUAUGAUCAUAUGGGAAUCUGGAUUCAAUGAUGCGAUAAAUAUUGCUAAACAAAUUACCAUUGAAAUGAAAAUUGAUCCUUUAUUUCAAAUGAAACAUAUAAUUCGUAGGAAGAAACAUUUUGAUGAAAAUGCUACUGUAGAAGAUGCACAAUCACCUGAAGAUUCUUUCAGAACCAAUUAUUUCUUUUAUAUAGUAGAUCAAGCAAUUGGAUCACUUGAACGAAGAAGAUUUAUUUCAAGAGUUAAAAGUUUUGCAAAAUCUUUUACCAAAAGAAAUAAAGACGGCUUUUGA